AUGGGACAAACAUCAAGUCCUUAUGAGCUAGAGGCAUAUGGAAGGGAAAAUGUGUGUGCUGAUGUUGUUGCUCUGAUGAAUUCAUUGUACAUUCAACAAGCCACAGUCGUGGGUCGUGAUCUUGGAGGUUUUAUUGCCUGGGACCUUAGCCUUCAUUAUCCUGAAAGAAUUCUGGCUGUGAUAAACAUGACACCCUUCAUUCCCUCUUUUCCAACCAUUAACCCACUGGAGAGAUUGCGAGCCAACCCAGGAAUAUAUCAGUAUCAACUUUAUUUUCAAAAGGAGGGUGUUCCAGAGAAAGAACUUGAGAGUGACCUCGAAAAAACAUUUGUUAUGCUAAUGAGAAGUGCUAGUGAUCGUAAGAAACUGAAAUGGAGCACCUUUGAUGUGCUUGAAAGAGGUGGACUUUUUUCUGGGUUGCCAGGAAAAGUGGAGAAAAGCUGGAUUCUUACCAAUGAUGUCUUGAAGUAUUUGGUGGAAAUGUACAGCAAGACAGGAUUUAGGUUAGAAACAACCAAGAUGUGA